CGUGACGCGUGAUUCUAUACAUUCAUUGUUGGUCAUUGAGCUCAUUCUCUAAUGACGUCUUAGAGCGUCAGGUGCUCCGAAGAUUACACGUGUUUACGUUAGUUUGUGCACGUUGCGACUACAUGUGAUAACAUUAAGCGACAGCUUCAACAACGCAUACAUCUGAGUCGAUGUUUUGUUUUGCGAGGUUUAGGCACAUCGAUUAACUCCGGAAAAAAAGAGAAUCGUAUCUGUAUUACGUAAAUCGCAAUAUAUAAGGUAUACAGAAUCUUCGCACGACACAUCAAACUCAAGAACGCUGUCGGUCGCACGUACUUGUUUUGAGUGUCUUUAACCUAUAAGAGAUCGAAGAUGUGCUGGAAAAGCGGGGGCGAAGAGGAAUAUUAGCACGAGGAACGGUGCCGGAGCGCGGCGAUAUUUUGAGAUAGGAUGGUCUUGCAAAAAAUCAGCUAUGACUUCGUUAAAAGUUUCCGGCAUGUGCAUGCUAGAACAAGCGAGUCUUGCGGCAACAAGAGCUUUCAGCGAUUGUAUAUGGCAUUACCACGGCUCACGCCGCAAGAGGUCACGAACGUCUUACAAGCCAAUGAGUAUACCAAAGAAUUUUCUGGUACAGGAUCUAUAAAAUAUUAUGACUCUAAUCAAUUGGCAUCUAAUAAUCCUAUAGAAGAUACAAGAUCGGAGGCUCAAUGUUUACUAACUAAAGGUGUAUUAUUGGGAGUUUUUGAUGGUCAUGGUGGUAGUGCCUGUGCACAAGUAGUAUCGAAAAGAUUGUUUCAUUAUAUAUCGGCAUGUCUGUUACCAUCAAAAUUAUUGGAACAAUAUUCGAAUUCUAUUAAUACUGAUAAACAAAUUAAUUUACUCGAGACUUUCAAUGAUAAAAUAGAAUUUGUAGCCGAAAUCAGAGAUCUCUAUCAAACAAGUUUCUUAAAUUUUAUAAAAGACUUGAUACAAUCAGAUACCAGAAAAAAAUUUCAAAUGGAAAAGGCUUUGGAAAAUGCGUUUCUCAGAUUAGAUAACGAUCUAUCAAACGAAGCUCUGUUACAAUUAAAUAAGAAAGAUGCUGCAAAAACUCUCGCUGUCGCAAUGUCGGGUACAGUUGCUGCUGUUGCGCACAUAGAUGGCCCUCAUCUUCAUGUCGCUAGUGUUGGUGAUUGUAAGGCUGUCCUAGGAGUACUCUCAGAAAACAAUGGAUGGUCGGCUAAAAUGAUGACGAUUGAGCAUAACGCUGAUAAUCGCACGGAGGUAGAGAGAAUCUUAUCGGAGCAUCCACCAAAUGAAAGAUCGACUGUGAUUAAAAUGGAAAGACUACUUGGGCAACUAGCGCCACUUCGCUCAUUAGGUGAUUUUCGCUACAAGUGGACUAAGAAUAUUAUGAAGGAAGUCGUGGUACCAUUCCUCGGCGAGACGGCAAUUCCUCCAAAUUAUCAUACACCACCCUAUUUAAGCGCUAAUCCGGAGGUUAAAUAUCAUAGACUGACGCCGAGGGAUAAAUUUCUUAUAUUAGCUAGUGACGGACUAUGGGACCUGAUUUCACCAUUACAAGCAGUACGCUUGGUAGGAGAACAUAUGAGUGGAAAAGUUACGCUCAGUCCAUUCAGAUUACCUCGUAAAAAUAUGAAAUUGUCGGACAUAAAUGAAAUGUUGUUGCAACGCAAGGAGGGCUUGAAGAAAAAACCUCUUGAUAGCAAUGCAGCGACGCAUUUACUGAGAAACGCUUUAGGUGGUACAGAAUAUGGAAUAGACGAUGCCAAAUUGUCGCAAUUGUUGACUCUGCCAAACGAAGUGGUUCGAAUAUUUCGUGACGACAUCACCAUAACGAUCGUUUAUAUGGAUUCAGAAUUUUUAAGACAUUGUCCUCCCUAAAACUGUCGCAAUUUCUCACUAUUUUUUGAUACUGGUGUGUAUCAGUAUAUAGCUUGUUAUUUAUUUAGUUAACAAUAAAAACAAUUUACAUGAAAA